AUGCCUUCUUACAAGAACAACCCUUCGGAUGAAGAGUAUCUAGACUCGAUCAAGAAACAUACCGACAAGGAAACCAACAAUGUCAAUCUCGCCCGCGUAGCCAAGGAUUUUAGCUACGCUAGUGGAAAGUCGUUUCAGAAGAAGUAUGCCAAGCUAAAGAAAGCACACAAUCUGACCAACGGCCAUAUCUAUGGCGAUUACAAGCCUGAGGCGGCUCAGACUCCCCCGAAGAAAGCCAUCAAGACCGUCACGGAGAUUGUGCGUGAGGCUGGGGAAGCAUCUGUAAACCGACGUUCCGCCAUGCUGAAGGGCAAAGGCUCGGAGAAGGAUAAGAAGAAGCAAGCUUGA